CCACAAAUAUGCUCCUAAUCUAAUCAACAUACGAAUACUAUAGCGUCUGCUUAGUACUCGGUAAAUGUAGUACCCAUCAUAUGCCAAUAAUUGAGAUGCAUUCAAUGACAUAUAAUGCGGAGUAUAAGUUUAUCCGGAUGCAUGAAUAAGUACUAGCGUCAGGAGCUCUGUUUCCACUGGUGCGGAUAUGCGGUCGCCUGAAAAUCAGAUAAAAAGGAGGCUACAGCGAUCGCGGUACUUCGCCUCCGGAGAAGAAGUAGCAUGAAGGAAAGGGGCGGAAGGAUGACUCAGAAAUUUCGAAAUGAUUAUGCUUUCCACCGAUUUUGAGAAGUAAUUCUUCCGUGUCUGGUUAUAUAUAAAUAAGUAAAUUCUUUUUCUGUAGUUGACCUUUUCUUCCAGGCUUGAAAUUAUUUUCGCUAUUAUUUAAUCAAGAAUGGCACCACUUGAAAUCAUUGGAGCUGGUUAUGGUCGUACCGGCACCGAGAGCUUGCGCAUUGCAUUGAAUAUGCUAGGGUUCCACACGCACCAUAUGACCGAAAUGUUUGAGCGAGAUGGCCAUCCUGAAGUUUUUCAAGAGGCCUACGAGCAUCCUGAUCAUGAAAUUGAUUGGGAUAUGUUGUAUGAGGGAUUCGAUGCGGCAGUAGACUGGCCUACUGCAGAGUUCUUGGCCCCGCUCUUGAAGAAAUAUCCUAAUGCCAAAGUGCUUCUUACCGAACGUGAUUUUGACAGCUGGUAUACCUCUGUUGCUAAUACCUUACAUCCAAUGGCACACAAUGUCAUGGCUCCAUCCGAAUCAGCGUAUAUGAGACGUAUUUUCUCGAUGGUUUCUGUUAUUGCCAUGGGCGGAGAUAUCGUUGAUCCAAAACGAUUCUCGGACAAGGAGGCAAUCAGAGCCAAGUUUGAAGAACAUUACAACUGGGUGAAAAGGACCGUUCCCGAGGACCGCCUUUUGGUUCUUCAGCUUGGCGAGGGUUGGGAUCGUUUGUGCAAAUUUCUUGGUAAACCAGUGCCCGACGUGCCUUACCCGCGUACCAACUCUACAAAAGAAGUUAAUUCCAGAUCUCAACAAGUUAAUGCAAGAAUGGAGAAGACAGGAAUGAAUUAAGGAUAAUAUAGUAGCUUACCUGUGUACCUAAUAUUUUGGGGAAAAUACAAUCCUUUGUAAACACUCACACGUUUUUCUACGCGUCGCAAUAACAAAA